AUGAACAAUAUCAGAAUACCGACAAGAGUUCCUUUGGAAAUUGACUAUGAUACGUCGCCACCUUCGUAUCAGGAGGCAAUGGGCUGGAGGACAAAUGGAACGACAGUUGCAGGUGCCUCUGAGGGAGGUGUAAUAAGCCGCACCUCGAUGCACAUGAUCUGUCCGUCGUGUCACGCCGAGAUCAAGACGACCAUGAUCAUUCGACCCUCAAAUAUUACCUACGUGGCCUCGUUGCUAAUUUGCCUGCUCUCCUUCGGACUGGCAAGCUGCCUGAUCCCUUUUUUUUUGAAGGACUUCAAGGAGGUCCAUCACUCGUGCCCCAACUGCCGGGUUUCUCUUGGGAUAAGUGGAUAG